CAUUAUAACACUUUCUUUAUUGCCCCACAACCAAACAACCUGCUCCUUACAAUUCACAUUCUCCUCCUCCUUCUUCUUCUUCUUCAUAACUCCAUCAUCUUUCUCCAUUUCCACAAUCAAGAUCACUAAAACCCAUUUUCACUAUGAGAACUAGCAACCAUUUGAUUGGCCUACUCAACUUUCUAACUUUCGUCCUCUCAAUCCCCAUCCUCGCUGGUGGGAUAUGGCUCAGUAGCAAAGCAAACAGUACCGAGUGUCUUAGAUUCCUUCAGUGGCCCUUGAUCAUUAUCGGAGUUGCGAUUAUGGUUGUUUCACUCGCUGGAUUUGCCGGCGCGUGUUACCGGAACACUUUUCUCAUGUGGCUUUACCUCUUUGUUAUGUUUUUCGUCAUCGUUGCUUUGAUUGUUUUUAUUGUUUUUGCUUAUGCUGUCACUGAUAAAGGCUCUGGCCGAACCGUUCCCAGUAGGGUGUAUUUGGAUUAUUAUCUUCAGGAUUAUUCCGGUUGGUUGAAGGAUCGAGUUGCAGAGGAGAGCUAUUGGGAGAAAAUCAGUUCGUGUGUUAGAGAUUCUAAGGUUUGUAAGAAGAUGGGAAGAAUUGUUGGGGGUGUUCCUGAGUCUGUUGAAAUGUUUAAUCUCAGGAAGCUCAGCCCUAUUGAGUCUGGUUGCUGUAAGCCUCCUUCAGAUUGUGGCUUUUCUUAUCAAAAUGAGACUGUGUGGACUGGUGUAGAAGGGAUGGUGCUUUUCAAUUCAGACUGCACGAACUGGAACAAUGAUCAAUCGGAGCUCUGUUACAACUGUGACUCUUGUAAAGCAGGCGUGCUGGCCAGCCUCAAGAGAAGCUGGAGGAAAGUCUCGGUUAUUAACAUCGUUGUCUUGAUCAUUCUAGUGAUUGCUUAUGUCAUUGGCAUUGCAGCAUUCAGGAACAACCGACGCAUUGAUAACGAAGAAGCAUCUGGAGAAGCACGGAUGGAGAAGGCACGUCCAAGCUGGAUUCAUUCUUAACUGAACAAUCAUUGUUUGAGAUAUAGAUAUGAUUAUUGUUCAAAUGUACGCAUUUUGAGGCUUUGGUUCUUUGCUUGUAGUGAUGUUUGGUAAUUGGUAGUGUGAUCAUUUUGGGAGUCCUUUGUGUAUAUACUGUUUGUGGCAUUUGUAGUGAUUGAAAUUUAUGAUUGUUAUUAUAUCAUCUUUGAUGAGCUCUGUAAAGUCUCCCAGAUUGCUUGCUCAAUUUUUUUAAAUAACAAUCCCAUAGCUUUUUUUUCUUUUAA